AUGGCAGGGCGCGGGGUGCGCGCGGGCGGCGACAAUGGACCAGAGCGCGCGCCUCCGGGGCCUCCGUGGGCCGAUCGGCAGUCCCCCGCCUUCGGCCGCGCGUCCCCGCGGGGGUGGCCGGCCUCAGCCACGGCCCGGGCCCCGGGGCUCAGCUCGGCGGUCCCCUCUCCCUGCCGCGCGCCCGGACUGCAGGAGGAGCUGGAGCCGGGCUGCUCGACCACUCCGCGCCCGGGGACUCGGCGACCUGGGGCCGGGAGCGCUGGGCAGGUAACGUGUAUUGGACCGGGCUGGGGGCUCCGGGAGGCCCGGGGGCGGCCCUUCCCCGACUUCUGUCCCCGCGGUGGCCUGCACCGGGGCAGAAAGCCGAGGUGGGCGUGGAGCGCCGGAGCGGGAGAGAAACUUCAAUGUGACCAGUUCCACCAGGCUCCUCCCGAGAGGCCGGCGCGGCGCGACACGGGCACCCUGUCGCCCUCCUCCCUAAACCCUCCCGGGCCACUCCUUCCCCAUGUUUCCCCGAUCCGGAGGCCCUCUUGCUCCCAACCCUGGCUCGCCCGAGCCCCACUGUCGCCCUGGCAGGGACUUUUAGGGACUUGUUGGCCGCGGAGGCCAGCCUUGAGCCUAGUCCUUCCGGCUGCUCCGCAGCCCCUCGCACGUGGCAGGCAAGCAGGCUGCCGAGAACUUGCUGCGCCUUCUAGGAAAUUGCAAUCGAUUUGUAACGCACUUUCGCUAAUUGGGAGUUCAGAAUUAAACUUUAAUAAAGCAUUUGUGUCGUCUCGUCUAAUUGUGAAGGCUUCCAUUCGUCCUGGUAGAUAG